AUGGCUUUAAUUAUGAAUUCUAUAGCAAGGAAUUGUUUCUAUUUAAAUUUUCGUUUCAUGUGUCCAUCAAGUUACCUGAGCUUGACACAAAUCAAAACUCUCUAUUCGCCUGCCACGCUCGGUAUCGAUGGGUUCUUACAAUCAAGAAAGAGAUGUAAGGAACAAUUUACUAACUAUGCUGAAAAGUUCAGGUCGAAGAUGAAUGAGUUUGUGUCUAGCAACGAUAGUAUGAUAUUUACUGAAGAUUUAAAGAACAUGGUACAUUUAGCUGAACCCACAGACCUAAAGCUCAUUUUGAAUAUGAUUCAAAAGUUUAAUUCUCAAAAUACUGAACUGAGAUUUGGAUCUUAUGUAUUUGGACCUGUUAUUAUGAGAAUGUUCCAUUUCCUGGAUGCACCUAAAGAAGCAUUACAGUGCUUCAAUGAUCCAAAGAAUGAAGGUUUCUUUGACCAAAUGAUCAGUCACCAGAUUCUAUUAGACCUGCUGUACAGUCAUGAGAUGUAUGAUGAAAUGUACAAAGUGUUUGAUAAAUCACAGCAAAAGCAAAUUGGAAUGACCAAGUUCCCAAAAUACAGUGUGGUGAUUGUACUGGCUGCUUGCUACAAACAGAACACACCAAAGAGUUUGGAGUAUGCAUCAAAACUAUGGUCAGAUAUGGCCAGCUCUGGGAGUGUACCAGUUAGAAGAGCAUGCACAUUUUUCGCUGGAUUGGCUUUGAAGCAAGGAGCACCACACAUAGCAAUGGAAUCAAUAACAUCACAAAAACAGCAUUAUGUUUCUAUAAGGAAUAUCAAAGUAAUGGCAUUAGCAGAUAUGGGUCGAGUUGAAGAUACGUUUCCAAUACUGAGAUCGGUAUUGGAAAUUGAUUCGCCCGCGCAGAGCGAUAAACAUACAUUCUUUGAAGAAGCCAUCGAAAGAGUACGAAUAGCGGUAGAGAAAGUCGAUAAUAAAGAUAUAAAGAAGAAAUUCGAUGAAAUUGCAUACGCAUUGAAAGACAGAGGACUGAUUGAUAGUAGCAAGACCUUGGACCAGCUACUCAACAUGGAGAUAGACAGACCAAGGACAUCAGAUCAGAACAGAGGACAAUCUAACUUUGCGCAGAAAAAAAAACCACUCGGACCGCGCCCGAAGAAACGAAUUGUAUAG